CUCCUUUUCUCCUCCUCCUCGAGCUAGUCCCCUCCUCCAUUACAAGGCCUCUCUCCUCCUCUCUCCUUCAAAUGUGGCGUCCUGCUACUGUUAGAGAGGAGGAGGAGUCGGGCCGAGUCUGAUCAUGCCAUGCCUGGCACUGCUCAAGGGAUUAAAGAGGAACUGUUACGAGCUAUCGACGAAUCAGGAAACGUAUUAGAUAUGAAGCUUCUAGUGAGUGUAUUGAACGAUUUGGAGAGUGUCCGGAUUACAGCAGAAGAUCUGACGGUAACUCGUUUGGGUCUUUAUAUCAAUAAUGCAAGGCGUCAAACGAAAGACAAGACUCUCGCGAGACGCAUGAAGGACCUUCUCAAAGAAUGGAAGAUACUAGUACAGAACUCACAGUCCAACGGGGUGGCCCCUCCCUCCCAAUUAACCACGCCCUCUAUAAGCCCCGCCCCUUUAUCAACCACGCCUGCUUUAGCCCUCAGUGAGGAGCCGUCAAGCGAAAGUGGUCUAGUAACUCCAAAACAAAAUCCCCAGCUCUCUCACCGGAAACUAUUACUUAGCAAAUUAUCUGCUUUUAAGAAGCCCCAGACCACACCUACUGCCACGCCUCCCACUAUAGAACCUAUAAAUACUUCGCAUUCGUUACCUCUAGCCCCCCCACCUCCUCUUCAUGUGAGUAAUGGUAAACCUGGCAGUACUAAUAACUCACUCACUAUUCGUUAUCCUCUGGAUCGAUUACCCAAGCAGCAAGAAACUCGAGGUCCAUUGAUAGUAAGCAUAUCUCUUAGUUUAAUUAAGUUGAGUGGACGUAAUGAAGCCCCGCCCACAGAAGGAGUGCCGUUGCUACAUCCUGGGCUAAAUGAGAGAUCCUCUCCUUUGUCAUUUCAGUCGUUGUCUCCCGUUUCGUAUCAAGAAACUAGACCUUCACCUCUUCCUCCUCCCUCCCUCUCUCUCCCCCUCCCUCCCCCACCCUCUCUCUCUCUCCCUCCCUCUCCCUCGUCACUCACUCCUCCGCUCAUUGUCUCCAUCCCUCUCUCUCUCCUGACCAGCCCCACUCUUGUUCCUGCGGCUAGGAAACCGCUCCCGACGACAAUGCAACAGGUACAUGAAGAAGAAACCAGUUCCUCUGGGUACCUCACUAACAGUGUAUCUGGUAAAACUUUACGUAGCAUAAGUCCAGAGCAGCCCACUAGUAGAUUAAAAACGUCGCCACCUCUCGCUCUCCCUCCUCCUGAUUGCUUGCCAGGAUUUGAUGGUACUAUAGGAUCAGAUGGCAAUUGGUAUAGUUGGACUGAUGUUAUACAUUAUCCGAAACCAAUGGUGACUGUAUUACCAUAUGUCUAUAUCGAUGGGUUUGAUCCGAACGAGAUGUGAUCUACUCUCUCUCUCUCUUUCUUUCUCUCCUCUUUUUUCCACCUGUUUGUCCAUAUUUAUUCUUAUAAUCGUUUUCACUGUUAUUGAUCGUAUUAUUAUUAUUAUUAUUGUUAUUAUUGUUGUUGUUAUUAUUAUUAAAAAGACUAAUAAACACAAUGAAACCAGUAUAUAGUUAAACUAUUAAUUGGAAAAUCAUAAUAAAUUAUUUUAUUAUUGUCAAUAAAUUUCAAUUAUUUCGGGUGGCA